AUGACGAGUCUCAAAUCGCACUUCACCGUUCCAAAGCUCAUCUUCUACUUCCUCUUCUGGGGUCUCCACUGGGGACUAUUUGCUUAUGGAUGGGUUAAACAAGCACAGGAUUCUCGACUUGAUCCACUUAAUACACUCCAAUACUCGGUCUGGCUGUCCCGAGGCGCAGGACUUGCGUUGUCUGUCGACGGAUUGCUCAUCCUGUUGCCGAUGUGCAGGAAUAUAUUGCGAUGGGUCAGGCCCAAAGUCAAGUUCCUACCACUGGACGAAUCUCAAUGGUUCCACAGGCAGGUCGCAUACGCUAUGCUUGUCUUCACAAUCAUCCACGUCUCAGCUCACUAUGUCAACUUUUUUAACGUGGAAAGAACCCAGCUACGGCCGGUCACCGCUGUACAGGUGCAUUAUGCUCAGCCAGGUGGUGUGACAGGACACAUCAUGCUUCUGUGCAUGUUACUGAUGUAUACAACCGCCCAUGCGAAGAUACGGCAGCAAUCAUUUGAGACUUUUUGGUAUACGCACCAUCUCUUUAUCCCGUUCUUUCUGGGUCUCUAUACCCAUGCGGUAGGAUGUUUUGUACGAGAUUCCGUGCCAGCAUAUUCGCCGUUCGCUGGUAAGGAUUUCUGGGACCACUGCAUAGGAUACCAAGGUUGGAGGUGGGAGAUGGUGGGAGGCGGACUUUAUUUGAUCGAACGGCUCUACCGCGAGAUUCGAGCUCGAAGGGAGACUGAGAUCACCAAGGUCGUUCGCCAUCCCUAUGAUGCUAUGGAAAUUCAGUUUCGCAAACCCUCGAUGAAAUACAAGGCUGGUCAGUGGCUUUUCUUGCAAGUCCCGACGGUAUCCGGCUAUCAGUGGCAUCCGUUCACCAUCACGUCCUGCCCAUUCGAUCCAUAUAUCUCAGUGCAUGUUCGACAAGUUGGAGACUUCACUCGUGCACUUGGAGAUGCUUUGGGGUGCGGACCAUCGCAAGCUAAGGAGUAUGACGGUCUUGAUCCCAACGGCAUGUAUGAAAUCGCCCUCUCGAACGGUCAAAAAAUGCCAAGUCUUCGGAUUGAUGGUCCCUACGGAGCACCGGCAGAGGACGUGUUCGACAAUGAAAUUGCUGUCUUGAUAGGCACAGGUAUUGGUGUGACGCCGUGGGCCUCAAUUUUGAAGAAUAUUUGGCAUCUCAGAGGAGGCCCAAAUCCACCCCAGCGACUUCGACGGGUGGAGUUCAUCUGGGUCUGCAAGGACACCACGUCUUUUGAAUGGUUUCAAACACUCUUGUCCUCUCUCGAGGCUCAAUCGGCAUCGGCUGCGGAUACGGCAGGAGGGCCAGAGUUUCUGCGGAUCCACACCUACCUCACUCAACGACUAGACAGUGAUACCGCGACAAAUAUCUACUUAAACUCAGUCGGCACAGAUGUGGACCCGUUGACUGAAUUGAAGACCCGAACGAACUUCGGUCGCCCUGAUUUCACCCGACUAUUCGGCGCCAUGCGUGACGGGCUCCUUGAUCAGACAUAUUUGUCAGGCCUUGAGGGAUCACUGCGUACCGAUAUCGGUGUCUACUUCUGCGGUCCAUCUGCCGCGGCUAGGGAAAUCAAGAGUGCAGCGAAAGCAUGUUCGAAGGAGUCGGUAAGGUUCAGGUUCUGGAAGGAGCAUUUCUAG